GGUUGGUUAUCAAUCAAUCGCAUUGACCAGUUCAAUGCCCUCAAAAGUGAAUACUGAAUAGCGUAGAAAGAGAAAUAGUGUAUAUCAGAUUAUCAGAUCAUCAGAUCACUGCAGUUUACAAACACAAUCAGAAACUAAGGGCAUCCUCAAUCUGCAGUUUCUCCAGAUUUUUGUGAGCCCCAGUCUCACUCAAUCACAAUAAAAAGAUGAAAUAAGAUACAGCAGUUCGAGGAAUUUAAGAGUAAGCCAUGGCCUGGUUCGCCGUGACUUCACUGAUGCGAACGGUAGAGCUUGAGUUCUUAUUCCCAGAGCCACGUGUUCUUGGCCACACAGAAGCAGCGGAAGCACUCCAUGGAAGGCUACAUGAGUUGGUUGACUUUCUUGAGAAAUCUGAGAAUCAAUUCAACGCUGACGACGUGCGGAUGCAAGACUGGAAAGCAAGGCUUAAAGGUGUUGCUCUGAGAAUAGAAGAUGAAAUUGAAUCAAAAGUAAUUAAUCUUUAUAGCGGAAGGCAGAGUAGGAGUACUAUUGCUGAAAGCUUUCAUUCCACCUUGGUAUAUGCAAUUGGGGAGUUGACAAAGUGUGUGAAGGAAGAUUUGCAAGUGAAUGAUAUUGUUUCAUCGAGGGAAAGGAUUGAAAGUAGUAGUAGUAGUUCCUCCCAUCCCACAGCCUUAGAGCUUCAGAGCACAAUGGUAGGGCGCACUGCUGAAUUGGAACAUAUCAAACGGUUACUCCUUGAAGACAAAUCUACAGAAACACUGGUUGCACCAAUCGUUGGCAUGGCGGGAAUAGGUAAGACAACUUUUGCUCGAAGCUUGUACCAAGAUCCAGUAGUUAAAUCUCAUUUUGAUGUUCUUGCCUGGGCAACCGUUUCUACGUCUGCAACAUAUGACAGAUGUAGAAUGCUUCGUGAGCUUUUGUUGUGUAUUCAUCCAAAACAGAAGGAAUUCAUCCAUCAAGUCAAAGACGACCACCUACCUGACCUAGUACGUAAAUGGUUAGUUGGUCGGAGGUAUUUGAUUGUUCUAGAUGACAUAUGGGACAGUAACCAUUGGGAGGAAAUUAAAAGGUCAUUCCCAGAAGAUUGUAAUGGGAGUAGAAUAUUGUUGACCAGUAGACAUGACGAAGUGGCCGUGUACGCAAGAUCGUAUAAUUAUUGUUUUGUAAACGUGCCAUUUUUAAAUUCAGAAGAAAGUUGGAAUUUAUUUCUCCAAAAGAUUCAUCCUACAAGAUUGCUUUCAGAAGUCGAGGCAAUAUGGAGACACAUUGUCAGUUAUUUCAGGGGACUACCUUUUGCAACUGUUAUAGCUGCUGGACUUGCACGAGCAAUCAAUGAGUCACUAUGGAUUUCUAAGGAGAUCGAGGGAAUAUUUUAUGAAAGGUUGUGUUCUGAUCUUGUUGAAGGUAUUUCAAAGAUACUUAUUUUGAGUUAUAACAACUUGCCUAACUUUUUGAAGAUUUGUUUCUUAUAUUUGGGGAUUUUUCCUGAAAGUAGCGCUAUACAUGUAAAAAAACUUAUUCAAUUAUGGAUAGCAGAAGGGUUUGUAAAGGUUGAAGGUGAAAGGAGCUUAGAAGAAGUUGCUGAGGAUUUUCUAAAAGAUCUUGUAUCUAGGAGUCUGGUUUUGAUUGACAAAAUUAGCAUGGAUGGCAAGAUUAAGACAUGUAAGGUGCAUGACAUAGUACAUGACUUCUGUAAGAGGAAAGCAAUGGAGGAGGGCCUCUUACGUGUUGUAGAUGGACAUUUUGGUCACUUGCAUACUUAUCGUUGGGUAAGUAUUGAAACAAUGAAUGUUUCACUUGAUCAUAUCUCCAAGAAAUCUCGAUCCAUUUUUUCCUUUUGUCAUGAUGGUGUUAAUAGGUCAAUUGGACUUGCAAGUUUCAAGAAGUUGAGAGUAUUAGAUCUAAGCAAUCUUUGCUUUAAAUGGAAUUUGUUCUUUACUAAUGGUGGUGUUGAUCUGGUUCUUUUGAGAUACUUAGCUCUGAGAAUAUACUCUUCUGGAUAUUUGAAAAUGUUGAAGUUGAAAGAGACUUUUAUUAAUCUACAAACUCUUUUGUUUCUGGUAGACAAAGAAAGAAGGGUGAGUUAUUUUACAACACAUGUAUUUGAAAUUUGGAGGAUGCCCAUGUUGAGGCAUCUACAAUUUAACCCAGUGUUUAUGUUCGAUACUCCGAGUGUUGUUUUAAAGUACUUGCAGACAAUUUAUUGGUUACGCCCUUCUCAAUGCACAAAGAAAGUAUUUCUGGGAAUUCAAAAUGUAAAAGUGAUGGGAAUUUUCAUACCUGAAAGGAAGAAAGAAUUUGUACGUGAUGAAUAUUCUUUGACUGAAGAUUCGUCGGAUGACGAUCUUAAACAGAAGCCUCAUAUAAAUUCUUUGACUGAAAAAUGGUGGGAUGAUCUUAUAUGUUUACAGAAGCUUGAGAAAUUAAAACUUAAUAGCGAUUGUGAUGAUCCUAUUAUACUUCCACAUGCAAGUGCUUUUCCAGUACAACUUAGAAUGUUGACCUUGAAGGGAAGUUUGCCACCAAGGGAUGCUAUGGAAGUUGUUGGUAUGUUGCCCAAUCUUGAGGUUCUAAAACUUAAGUUUGGAGCUUGUAAAGGACAACAUUGGAAACUUAGUGGAGGUGGGUUUCCUAAAUUAAAAUCACUGCUCAUUCAAGGAAUGAAGUUGAAGCAGUGGACAGCUACUGACAAUGCUUUCCCUAUCCUAGAGCGACUUAUCAUUAAACAUUGUGUUCAUUUGGAGAAGAUCCCUUCCACUUUUGUUGAACUAUACACUUUGCAAUUAAUUGAGUUGCAUGGUUGUCAUUCUUUGCUGGUUCAUUCUGCGGAACAAAUUCAGCAACAGCAAGAGGAGUUAUUUGGAUAUAAUUGGCUUCUUGUUCAUCACUACAAUACUACUCAUCAGGUAGCAACCAUUAUUGAAGUGAAAAAACAAGUGAAAAGAGGAAAAUUUGAUGAACAAGAACAUGAAAAGGUAGCAACCAUUAUUGAAGAAAAAGAACAAGCGAAAAGAGGACAACAAGAAUGUAAAAAGCUGAAGUGCAAGGUAAGUGAUCCUGAAUCCAGCUACUUUGCAAGGCAAGUUCAAGAGGAGGAGGAUUCUAAGCUCUCCAAUGUUGAAUUCUUCAAUUGCUUUGAAGAUGACUUCGACAACAAUGACAUCAAUUGAAACAUUAAUCUUCUCUAUUUCUUAGCUCCCGGCCUACGGUCCAAUCCCAAAUAAAAAUCCUAUGGUUUAUUACUUUUGCUAUAAUUUAUGUUAAAAAAAAUUCUUUAGCUACAUAUUUUGGGUAUGUGAAUUUCCUCCUUCCUUUUUCUUUGAGUAUAUAGCGCUUUGAAUUUGGUCUGA